AUGGGUUUGCGGCGCACGACUCUCACCAUGCGGAAUCACAAUUCCACACUCCUUCGCUCAGAAGCCUGCCACGACGCCACAAAGCGCCAUAAGAGUCAGCAGCGUUGGCCAAGACACGCACCCACGCACAGCGCCGUCGCUGCCUGUGCUCAUCGGGUACAGCCCUGUGGUGUUCUUGAAGGUGUUAGAGCUGUUGCUUACGUGCGGUGCAGCGUCGCGUGUUGGCGGGGUGCCUGGCCGCCCAGGCGUCUGAGCCGUGGGUGCCUCGCGGCCGCCGUCCGCGUCCGCCGCAGUUUGGGGGUCUGCGCCAUUUUCAUUGGCGGCAGCGUUUGGCGUCUCGUCGGUGGGCGCGGCGGAAGCAGACGGCACGCCGCCAACGGCCUCCGGCACGUGCGACGGAGUGCUCUGCAGCGCCUGGUCGUCACCCACCGGGCCCACCGUAACUGCACCGUCUGCUGGGGUCGAAGGCUCUCGUUGCCGCACGGAAGUCCCCGCACCGACGGCCUGCUCAGCUGCGCCCCGGCGAGGAGCACUGGCUCCAUCCGCUGCUGUCAACGGUGGGGACGCCAAUGCACUGCCACUGCCUUCUGUCGCUUCCCCCACCUUCUUUUCAUUUUCAUUCUCCGACUCUUCUGCUUCCUCUGCGUCGGAGUUGUGAGUGAUGCUAGAAGGUGUUGA